ACAUCGGCUCCUCCAGCAGGUAAUUUUCCCCAAGCUCAACCCGCCAACUCUGAACUCGAAACCUGCUGCCUCAACCCUGCUGCCAACAAUACUUCCGGAGGGUUCUUCCCACGCUCGAUGCGACGAUGGCCAUACCCUAACCAUGGUAUCCGGCAGUAUUACAGACCCCAAAUCUGCAACAGGUUUGAUCAUGUCGGCAUGUCGUGGUCGCGACCUUUGCACUACGCCCUCUUUGGGAGCUCCACGACAGCAACAACCCCGGCCAGCAUGAAUAGACUAAGGUCUUCUAGGCAUCGUCUCAGCUCCCCAUGUCCUCUGCGGCGGGGCUUUUCGAUGCCGUCGAGACCCUUCUGCUUAUCGGCAUCACGGAGUCAGAUCUUGGAUGUGGCGACACUCCCCGAUCGCAUCAUCCCCAGCUACGAUCAAACGCCUACAUCGUCGCUCCUCUCGCUGCGAUGGCCCCAACCACCGCGCAACAUCCUCCUGAUGCCGAAGUUGCAUGCGUCGCACGUGACGGUAUCGGCCGUCGAGUUUGCGAAGCACAUACACAGCAACUACCCAGGCCUAAACCUCGUGUUCGAGCAGCGCAUAGCCGAGAGCGUCCACGAACAGCUCCCGUUCCCCGUAUACACCACGGCGCCUCAUACAGUCGGAGGGGUAUUUCCAAAGAAGGUCGACUUGGUAACAACAUUGGGAGGAGACGGCACAAUCCUCCGCGCCGCGAGUCUUUUCUCCAUGGAGUCCAGCGUGCCGCCGAUCCUGUCAUUCAGCAUGGGCUCGCUGGGGUUCUUAGGCGAAUGGAGAUUUGAGGAAUACAAGCGCGCCUGGCGGGAAGCGUACAUGAGUGGGAGCAAUGUCGCAGCCGAAGACCUGGUCGCACCCCAUACGCAGGCUGCGGCGACGACUGGACGGUCAAGGACAGCGACAGAAGAUGACUACGGGGCCUCGAAGUUCGCCGGCUGGGAGAGCGUCCGUGGAAAGAGCAUGGGCGUCACCCGGGCAUCCAAGAUCCUGCUGCGACAUCGACUCAAGGUCGGCAUCUAUGACAGCAACGGGGUCAACAUCAACGAGCAGGUGAUGCCGACCUCGACAGCGGAUCCAGACCUGCGGUUGCCCAUAGACGGGCCAGGGUCCCCCCUGGGUCAGCAGCCCAUGGCGAGCCCCGGCAAGAGAGAACCCAAGUCCAUCCACGCCAUCAACGAAGUCUCGAUCGACCGCGGUGCUCACCCGCAUCUCGCCAUCAUCGACAUCUACGUCAACAACGCGUUCCUGACGGAGGCGGUGGCGGACGGCAUCAUCAUAAGCACACCCACGGGGUCAACGGCCUACUCCCUCAGCGCGGGCGGGUCCAUCGUGCACCCGCUCGUCAAGUCGCUGCUCAUCACGCCCAUCAGCGCGCGGAGCCUGAGCUUCCGGCCGCUGGUGCUGCCGCUCAACACCAAGGUGGUCCUCCGGCUCAGCAAGCGCAACCGCGGCCGCGAGCUCCCCGUCAGCAUCGACGGGAAGCGGAGGGCCGGCGUCGGCAUCGGCAUGGAGAUCCGAAUCGAGGGCGAGAGGCUGCACCGGACCGGCGACGCGGGCACCUGGCAGGGCGGCGUGCCGUGCGUGAUACGCGCACCCGGGAAGGGCGGGGACGGCGCCGAUGGCAUCGCCGAGGACGACGACUCGUGGGUCGGUGGGCUGAAUGGGCUGCUCAAGUUCAACUAUCCCUUUGGGGAGGUGCAAUAAGCGGGGAUUCUGCUGUAUUGCUGGCAUAUGGGUUGUGUAUGUAUAUUUGCGGUCGAUACCCUUGAAGCAUAUAUGGAUGGGAAGUUUUAUAUCUAGGCGCGUGGCUGCCUCCAACACGGUCGUGCAAACUGCACAAGUCUCUCCUGAUGGUGCCCAUCUGCUUUCCCAUACAUAUCUGAUUUACUGCAUUUGAUUUAAUCACUCUUUACGCCUUUUAGAUCAAUUGAUCAGCCAGUCUGCAACGCCAGCUUCCUGUCCUCGGGGAUUUGAGGUUGAAAAAAGGCCAGGCAAGAUCGCCAACGCUAGGCUUAGAUAAGCCUAGCCUAGCUAUUCUUAGCGUCGGUCAAAAUUUUCUGAGUAGAUACCUACG